AAUAUUCUCUGUGAAAACUGAAAAAACAAUAAAAAAACGCUGUGUCUAGGUACACGCUAACGUGUACGCAAAUAAAAAAGUUAGGUACACGCGAAUUGAGUUUUCAACUCGCGUCUAGAAAUUAUAAAAUAUUUUGGCUCCUUGGCUUCCACAAGGUCAAAGUUGUGACAGUUCUAUGAGAAUGUAAAAUAAAAUGCCGCGAAAUUCAAAUAUGUUUAAUAAGGUUAUGUUUCAACUGUUGACAUUAUUUGAAAUAUUGAUGUAAUAUUUGUGCUGAUUAAAUUUGUAUGUCUUAUUAGUAAAUAAAAUUUGUGCUGAAUUAAUGUUACAAGACAUUCAUAAUAUAAAUUGCUGUCAGAGUAAUCUAGUAGAUGUUCUUAUAUAUAAGGCCUACAAUAUUUUGAGAUUAUUAUUUACUAUAAAUCUACAUAUUAUUUUAAAACUAUUUCGGCUAAAAUAGGAAUAUAUAAUGGAACAUAUAUGCACGGAGUGUACGCUCACAUUCUCAAAACAUUCUAAUUUAAGAAGUCACCUGAAAACGUUUCAUCCUGAUAAACUGGACAUAAUUGCACCCAACAAAACAUUUAAAUCUAUUGUACUUUGUAACAAAUGUCCCAAAAGGUUCUCUAAAUAUUCCAAUUUAAAAAGGCAUGUCACUAAGUUUCAUCCAGGUGAGGACAAAACUUCUAUUUAGUGCUUUUUGGCUAUUAUUGUAUACAGGAAUCAAUAGCGAACAUAUUUUAUUUUAUUUCAGAAAAUAUCAACGAGCUGACUUCAUCUAAGAUUUGCCUAUAUCAAUGCAGUGAAUGCCAGAAAAAGUUUUCACAUUUACAAAAUCUUAGAAAACAUAAAAAAAUUCAUUCAAAAGACAGUGAUAUUGGAAAAAAGCAACAAAACUUCAAGUGAAGUUUGUGUAACUACGAAAAUUCUAUAAAAUCCAAUUUAAUUCUUCAUUUCGAAGAAUAUCAUGCCAUUAAAAUAGAGCAACAAGAUCUUCACUUUUCUAGUGAACUAGAAUUUCAAAAAUGGAAAACUGACAUGGAAAAAAAAGAAUUGUCUUCAUAUGUCACAUACAGUCAUCCAUAUACGACUGCAGAGGGCAUUAAGAAACAGAGUUAUAUUUGCCAUCGUUCAGGUUUUUAUGUGAAAAAGGGUAAGGAUAUGCGAUAUUUAAAAACCAAAAUAAGCAGAAAAAUUAAUGGAAUAUGUCCUUCUCGAUUGAAAGUUUGUAUUUUACCAGAAAAUGGCAAUGUUAAAAUUAAUUUUAUACAAACUCACAUUGGUCAUGACAAUGACUUGGGUCAU